AUGUAUAUUCAGAGUAAAACAUAGAACUUAUGGGUCGCUGAUGCAAACAACCUUUAUCUUUUUUAGAUUUAAAAUCCACUUUUAAGUUAAGUUGUUAAUAAAUCUCAGAUUCCAAAGCAGAAUUCAGGUGCCACUAAUAGUUUUUUUUAUUACUAAGGUAUAAAUAGGCUAUUUUUAGUCAAUAAAUUAGCAGUAGAUGUUUAUGACAUUUAGAAUACUGAUCAAAUUAAAUUUAUUUUCACUAUCCCUGCUUAAGCUAGAACUUCUAUGAUAGAAAUUGAUUUCAGUAUUAAUAUUAUAUUCCUUGCUGAUAGUAGCUUGCGCCUACUUUAAUUUAAUAAUAUAUAAGAUUAUUAAGAUUCAAAUAAAUAACUACUUUUUGCUGAUAAAUGUUCAAUAACCCUUUCAUAGGCUCCAAUUCUAAAUAAAAUAUUUAUGAUAUCUAAGACAAGUGAUUUGCUUUAUGUUUCAACAGAAGAUGAUAUUUAAAUUUAUUAAAUCCAAGAAACAAAUUACAAUUAAAUUCUACCCUCAGUUGUGAACAUUCCCCAAAUAAUAGUUUAUGAUAAAUUUAUAAGUGCUUUGUAAUACGCCUAUAGCUGUUAAUACACUCCAUAUAAGAAUUAUCUUUUGUCUGCCAAAGGAACAGAAGGAGUCUACAUCUUUUAAGAAGAUCCCAAUAGCCAUACUUUGCUUUAAGUUUAGAAUAUAAAUCCCCCCAACUUUACCACUAAUCUCAAAUUAGCUAAGAUAUUUAAUAAUGACAAUAAUUUAGUUAUUGGAAGAGAUAAUCACCUUUAUUUCUACGAUAUAUCGAACAUCAACAAUCCUUAAUAAAUUUCCACUUUAUCUAUAUCUACAGGAAAUUAAAUUCGUUCUGCCUACAUCACUAAGGAUCUAAAAAAAAUUAUUGUUGCAGGGGAUUCUCAAGGAGUUGUCAUUGUGGAUAUUUCUAAUUUAUCUGCGCCAUAGAUAAUUGCUUCUAAAUAUUAAGAUUUACCUAUUAGUUCUAAAUGCUAAGAUUUAAGUAUGGAUGCAACUGAGAAAUACAUUUAUGCAUCAUACAAUGGUUAAGGAUUAGUCAUUUAUGAUGUCCAUAAUUAUACAAACCCUGUUAUUCUAUCUUAUAUUACUACUUAUGGAGGACAAAAUAUUGGACAAUGA